AUACGAAACACACACUGCGCUGGAGCUUCACAAGGGAGCGAACGAGGUAAGCUGCCGGCGCUGGCGGGUAAUCCCGAGCAGGCUGCGGGACCCAGCCCGACCUGAGCAUCGAAGUCGCCCGGCAUGUCGCCUCGGCGCCCUGUCCAGCCAGGGCCACUCUCCGCCGGGAGGCGGGACCUGGACGCCGGGUGUCCAUAAGAAUGGAAGCAGUGUCUCUUUGCCAGAUUCCUUAUCGCUGUAUCUCAUGAGUCUACCUGAUCUCAAGGAAGAGCCAUAUUUAAUGAUGACAAGCCUGUUGCCAGUGUAGCAACAAGAAGGAAAAGGACCAAAAAUAAAGAAGUAUUUAGAUUUCUAUUCCACGAGGAAGAGAUCUCCGUGAACAACCCUGCUGCGUCACCUUUUCCCAAGAUGAACCGAUACACAACUAUGAGGCAGCUGGGGGAUGGCACGUAUGGGAGUGUGCUUAUGGGGAAGAGCAACGAGUCUGGGGAGCUGGUGGCGAUCAAGAGGAUGAAGAGAAAGUUCUAUUCUUGGGAUGAGUGUAUGAACUUGCGAGAAGUUAAGUCCCUGAAGAAACUCAAUCAUGCUAAUGUGAUUAAACUGAAAGAAGUUAUCAGAGAAAAUGACCAUCUUUAUUUUAUAUUUGAAUAUAUGAAAGAAAACCUCUAUCAGCUAAUGAAAGACAGAAACAAACUGUUCCCUGAGUCAGUCAUCAGAAAUAUUAUGUAUCAAAUACUACAGGGGCUGGCCUUUAUCCAUAAACAUGGCUUUUUUCACAGGGACAUGAAACCGGAAAACUUGCUUUGUAUGGGUCCAGAGCUGGUGAAAAUUGCUGAUUUUGGACUUGCAAGAGAAUUAAGAUCACAGCCGCCAUAUACUGACUAUGUGUCUACCAGAUGGUAUCGUGCUCCUGAAGUGUUACUAAGAUCGUCGGUGUACAGCUCUCCCAUUGAUGUGUGGGCUGUGGGAAGUAUAAUGGCCGAGCUCUAUACCUUUAGACCGCUUUUCCCAGGGACAAGUGAGGUUGAUGAAAUCUUUAAAAUUUGCCAAGUGUUAGGGACUCCCAAGAAAAGUGAUUGGCCAGAAGGAUACCAGCUUGCCUCCUCCAUGAAUUUCCGCUUUCCUCAGUGCAUUCCUAUAAACCUGAAAACUCUCAUUCCCAAUGCCAGUACCGAGGCUAUUCAGCUUAUGACAGAAAUGUUGAGCUGGGAUCCAAAGAAACGACCAACUGCAAGCCAGGCACUGAAGCACCCAUAUUUUCAAGUCGGUCAGGUAUUGGGCCCUUCCGCACACCAUCUGGAUGCAAAACAGGCUUUAAACAAGCAGCUACAGCCACUGGAACGAAAGCCAUCUUUCUCUGAACGGGAUCCUCAGCCUUUGCCAAACAUACUUGAUCAGCCUGCCGGGCAGCCCCAGCCAAAACAGGGCCACCAGCCACUGCAGACCAUUCAGCCACCACAAAACACAGCAAUCCAGCCACCUCCAAAGCAGCAGGGUCACCAGAAACCACCACCAGUGAUGUUUCCAAGUAUCGUCAAAACCAUGCAAACGAAGCCAGUCAACACACUGGGCCAUAAAGGAGCCCGGAGACGCUGGGGCCAGACUGUCUUCAAGUCCGGGGACAGCUGUGACGACUUUGAGGACUGCGACUUCGGAGCCUCCCAUUCCAAGAAGCCGAGCAUAGGUGCCUUCAAGGAAAAGAAGAAGAAAGAGUCUCCAUUUCGGUUUCCAGAGUCGGGACCGCCAGACUCCACCCACAAGGGGGAAAACAGGAGUUUACAUGCGGCUGUUUCCUUAAAGUCCGAUACAGACUUGUCAACUGCUUCAACAGCUAAGCAGUACUAUUUGAAACAAUCAAGAUACCUUCCAGGUGUGAACCCCAAGAAUGUAUCUUUGGUAGCCAGUGGCAAGGAUAUAAACUCACACGCUUGGAACAAUCAACUGUUUCCUAAGUCAUUGGGAUCCAUGGGAGCAGAUCUUGCUUUCAAGAGGAAUAAUGCAGCAGGAAACCUUGGAAGCUACACCACUUACAACCAGACAGGAUACAUGCCUUCCUUUCUCAAGAAAGAAGUGGGGUCUGCUGGCCAGAGGAUCCACUUGGCACCUCUUGGGGCGACGGCUUCGGAAUAUACCUGGAACACAAAAACUAGCCGAGGCCAGUUUUCAGGACGAACUUACAAUCCCACAGCAAAAAAUCUCAAUAUUGUGAACCGCACACAGCCGGUCCCCUCGGUGCACGGGAGGACAGACUGGGUGGCGAAGUACGGAGGCCACCGGUAGGAGUGGUGGAAACCCUGCAGCAUUGCUCCGCAGAGGACUGUCAAGCCCCUGAUCCUGGGAGACGUCUACACAGUCUAUUUCUACUGAGUUCCACAAGAAACACGAUCGUGGGUACCUCCAAGAGCAGAAGUCCGCUCCCGUUUUCUUUCCGGGAAAUGCAAUGCGUUUCCUUAACUCGGGCCCACAGUGCUGGUGCAGCACCAUGCUGAGACUUUCGAGCAGGAUUUUACAGAGUAUUGAAUAAACUAUUUGCCAAAGUA